UUGCGAAAUAGGAAAUAGGAAGCGUUGAAAUGGUAAAACGAUAGGUGUUGUUUAUGGUGUUAUUUGUGUUGAUUUUUGUGUAACCGCACACUCUGACCUUUGUUCUAAUUCAGAAAUGCGCAUGCGCUGUGUAGCGGUCAUCAUAUUUUCAUAGCCAGUGAAGACAAAUAACAUCUCAGAACAGAUGAGAAGCCUCAUCGUACCACGAACGGUAGGGGCAGACAUGCAUUUAAGUCAGGUUUUACUUAAAGAAAUGUGAAGCAAGGGGACUUUAGAGAAGACCCCUUGUUCCAACAGCAAUGUCAUUCUGAACCAAAAGGUUUGGAGAAAGCAGAAGGAGCUCCUGAGCUGUGUGGAGUUGUGGUUGUUACUGCAUGUGCUGUAAACAGCUCCCAUGCAGGAGAGCAGAGUCUCAGAUACUCUGCCUUCAUUUCUAUGGCUAAAGAACUGCUAAUAACUUUACAUAGCACCACUGAGUUAUUGUUAUUCACGUUAUAAUGGCGGAGCUAAUCUCGGUUUAGACCUUUUUAUCUCCAACGUGAACCUGAGAGCUUCUGAUAAACAACAGCAUUUGAACUCGACGUGGAUUUUGACUUGGAGUUCAAAAUGAAAUUCGCUCAGAUUUUGCUGAAGAACUCUUCGAGGUUCAACAUACCGAAGCAAGUGGACAGGUUUUCGAAGUUCUCGCCAUCGCCACUUUCUAUGAAGCAGUUCCUAGACUUCGGUUCAGCCAAUGCCUGUGAGAAGACCUCCUUCAUAUUCCUCCGUCAGGAGCUUCCAGUCAGAAUGGCCAACAUCAUGAAGGAGAUAGACAUGUUGCCUGACAAGCUCAUUGGGACGCCAUCCGUGCAGCUGCUACACACUUGGUAUACACAGAGUCUGAUGGAGCUUGUGGACUUCCUGGAAAAAAAUCCUGAAGAUAAAAGUGUUUUGAAAAAGUUUACAGAGACACUGAUCAACGUGAGGAAUAGACACAAUAAUGUGGUGCCCACAAUGGCACAGGGAGUUCUGGAGUACAAAGAGGCUUUUGGUGUGGAUCCAGUGACCAAUCAGAACGUCCAGUAUUUCCUAGACCGCUUCUACACGAGUCGUAUCUCCACACGUAUGCUUAUGAACCAGCAUACACUGAUCUUCAGCGGGAGCACAAACCCAGCUCACCCGAAACAUAUCGGCAGCAUCGACCCCAACUGUGAUGUAGUGGAGGUGGUUAAAGAUGCGUAUGAGAGCUCCAGGAUGCUUUGUGAUCAGUAUUACCUGAUGUCUCCAGAAGUGGACAUCAAACAAGUGAAUGCUAAAGACACCAAUGAGCCCGUUACUAUUGUCUAUGUACCAUCACAUCUUUAUCACAUGCUGUUCGAGCUCUUUAAGAAUGCAAUGAGAGCGACUGUAGAGACCCACGAGAACUGCAUGCAUCUUCCACCAAUUAAAGUUCGAGUUUCUCUUGGAGAUGAAGACCUGACCAUAAAGAUGUCAGACAGAGGAGGAGGCGUGCCCUUGAGGAAGAUUGAACGUCUUUUUAGUUAUAUGUAUUCUACGGCACCGAGCCCUGUGACUCACAACGCUCGCAAUGCACCGCUGGCUGGCUUCGGUUACGGCCUUCCCAUCUCACGCCUCUACGCCAGGUACUUCCAGGGAGACCUCCAGCUGUACUCCAUGGAGGGAUACGGCACAUCAGCCGUCAUUUACUUGAAGGCUUUAUCGUCUGAAUCUGUGGAGCGACUGCCAGUUUUCAACAAGUCAGCCUUAAGACAUUACCAGACGACCAUCGAGGCGGAUGACUGGAGCAUCCCCAGCAGUGAACCCAAAAAACUGGGAAAGUAUGAUUACAGCGAGCCAGACCUGAGAACUAAGAGCAGGGUGAAGUGAUGGACUGCAAUUACGAUGAUGCCUUAGGGACUAGUGAAAUUGCCUUAGGCUAUCAUUUUUCAUUUCAUGCUGGCUUCACAUUACAGGGUGCAAUGGGCAUUUAUAUUAAACCUCACCUUAUGCCUCACUUUAUUCAUGUAGUUUCAGUAUAUAAGCUAAUUUCCUAUUUCAAUUUAGUGUAAAGAAAAAAAAAAAUCAAAGCUGCGUAAAGAUUUUAUUUAAAAUGUUUUCCCCUGCUUGUUAAUGUAGGAUAUAUUUCCAUGUAGGAAAAUAGUCAGAAUUGUCCAACUGUCAAAGUGUUUUAGGUGGGCCCAAGUUUAUGCUGUCUCUCUGUCCACGUCCCUCAAAUGAACCAACAGGAAGAUAAAUAACAUAACCAUGAAGCAGAAAGAUUUAGCAUCGAAUGUCCACAUGCAGACAUGCAGUUAAUAGGAACUAAUGAAAAAUCUGGCAAAGAAUAAGUGAGAGCCACUAGAGCUCCAGAUAAUCCUAAUCAGGAGGGUUGGCAUGUAUGCAAGCAGAAAACAGUAAAAAUAAAUAAAUCAAAUAAUGCAACCAUUGCAGACUAUAAGGAAAAACUAUAAGGAAGGCUGAUUGUGAUUAAAAUGGUAAACAUGCUUUUAGAUUUCAUUUAUUAUUCUGUUAUGGCCGUGUUCACAUUACAAGGUUAAAGUGGAUCAAUCUUAUAGGCAGAACCUUUCUUUGGGAUAUUCUUUUAAACUGGAAAAAUGUCUACAAUCUAAACAGCAAACAUGCACCAGAAAUCCGACCUUUACCAAGACACACUUGGUACUGAUCGAUCACCUGAACUGGAUGUCAUGUAGGUUUCCACAACACAUUCUCAACAGUCUACAGGUCUCACGUAGCUCUAAUCCUGGCAGACACAAAAAUAGCACACAUCACCUCUCCAUGUAUUGCUAGAUUUUAAAUGUAACUAGAAUGUACAUUUCCUGAAGAAAUUGUGAAUGGUGCUUGCACGUGGCAAAUCUCGGCACUCGGUUGCUAGGGUGAAAUUUUUAGGAAUUUCCCAUUCAAGUCUAUGGGACUUUUUUGCCGCUUUUUCGUCCACUGUGUGAACGUCGUUGGUUGGAUCGCUUAUAAAAGUCAAGUUACGCGCCGAAGUUUUGCCAGGAAGAAGAAUGUUGCUUUGCAAGCACCAUUAAUAAACACGUUAAGAGGAUUUUCCCAGAAUUAUAUCAGCGCACACACACAGCAAUGAGAAAUCAUGCUUGUGUUUGCUUAUAAAAAUGUUGCAACAUUACACAAGGAGGAUGUUGCCCAAGUUCUCGACUUUCCCCAGUUGAAUGACCUUUCAAUUGCAUUUUUCCAUAUCUGAUGUCAGAUUUCUUUUUACUUCCAAGGGCGAUUAUCUGUAGAACAAUUUGUUUGCUAGUUCGAAUUCCAGGUCCACUAAGCUGCUGAUGCUGGGCCCCUGAGCAAGGCCCUUAACCCCAAAUGUCGUAAAAUGUAGAUCAGUAAUGGGUACAUUUUUGCUACACAUCUAUACGACCCUAACUGUCUUUUACAUCACACUUUACUGCACAUAUCACUUUUUUUCUUUUUUUUUUUAAAUCAUGAACAUUUGAAGAUCCAGCUUUUUGCAAACCGCCAGAGCAAAUUAUUUUUGCACGGAAGGCUUGUGUUGCUAAGUUUAUUUAUUUAAUCCCUAUGGCACUGGCAUAUUGUCUCAUAAAUAUGCAUUUUUCCAUCAAAUACCAUGGUCAUGCACAUGACCUUUAUAUUGAUGUGUCUAGUUUCGGUUGGCCAAAGUCUGUUCAAAGCUAAUGACAGAAAUGCAUCACUUAGAAACAUGAAUGUAAACUGCCGAGGCAGAGAGAUCAGAUCUGAGCUGAUCUGAUAAUUGUUAUUGAGCAAUAAAGCUUGUAAUGUGAACGUAGCCUUGCUGUGAAUGUGAUUUAUGUUAACAUGAGCAGCGUCGUGUGUGAAGCUGUGACAAUGACUGAUGUAUACUGUAUGUAUACAAUGUAAAAAGCAAGUCAUCAAAAUAACAUUAUAUGGACACAGUGUUAGUUUUGACCCACAGUCUGAAAUAAGAAAAAAAUUUGUUAUUGUUUAAUAGUGAAUAAAUGAGCAGUGUUAAACAGAGUAAAAACGUGCAGUAUAGGGGCCUGGAAUAAUAUGAGAAUUUCUAAUGCUGCUGUUUGCAGUGAAAAAGUGCAACAACAUACAGUGUGUGUUUAAAUGUAGCGGCUGAUACAUCGCAAUGUGUAGACACUGUGGCCAAAUUCUGUUAAUAUCUUAACAUUUCAAUUCACUGAGUGUUGAAAACUGAUUCCUUUCUUUAAUCUGAAGAGAACGUGUCCUGUCCUUUUUACUAAAUGUUUGAAUUUGAACACUUGUAACACAGUAAGGAUAUCAUAUUCUAAUUAGUUUGGAUUUUAAUCAGUAAUUACUUUGUUUUAAUCGCAUGAUCUCAGGAUAAAGAGAAGUUAUGCCAUACGUUUUAUUAUUUCUGAAUUCCAUGAGUGACGUCUACUGUAUGUGUAUGCUAUACAGGAUUAUUCCAUAUACUGUAGAAAACUUUGGGACAGCCAUUUCAAGGCUACUGCAGACAUGAUAGUUUUUUCUUCUAAUUUUUUUCAGAGCCAGUUCAAAUGCUGUAAUCACUUGCUCAUGUUGGCAGAAAACAUUUUGUUUUCCACUUUGUAUUCGUAUGCCACUGCUCAACAGAUGUCAUUCUACAUGUUUUCUUUUGUACAUAGUUGAUUUUCUUUUUGCACAUUAGUGUGUCAUUACUUUUACCUCACCAGCUCUAUUUAUAGUCAUGUGAACGUGACCUGGGGCAGGAAACCUAACUGUCAUAGCGAAUCAUCUGUACAAUUUCUUCCUAUUUUGUAAACCACUCAACCACUUUUGUUUUUGCACAUGCAGUGCGUUUUGACUUUGUUGAAGUUAAGUAGCAUUCUUCCACCGAAUCUAUUACAUCGUACAAUAAAAGAUGUGAAUACUG